UCUGGGACAUUCACUCCAUACAGCGGUUGAAACAUUGUAUCUAUUUGUUUCCAUAAAUGGAUCCAUUUAUGGAAACAAAUAGAUACAAUGUUUCAACCGCUGUAUGGAGGGAAUGUCCCAGAACUGUCAGAAAUAGUCUAUUUCUGACAGUUGUGGGACAUUCACUCCAUACAGCGGAUGAGGCUGUAUGGAGGGAAUGUCCCCAGAACUGUAGAGGAACUCUGCACAUACACUUUUUGCCGGCUUGGAAUUAUUUCUUAUUUUCAUCCUACUUCUUCUUCUCCUUCUUCAUCCUCUUCUUCUUCUUCUGA